AUGGGCACUGCGGGCGUGGCCGGCAGGGGCGCACUCGACUGGGCGCCGGCGGCCACAACAGGGCGCCGGAGCAAGGGGAGGGGGGUGCCAGUGGCCAGGGGCGGCCGGAGUCAGGCGCGGCGAAGGCCAGCGGGCGCGGGACGCGGCCGGUGCGGCGCGGGCGGCACCGGAGCGGGGCACGGGGAGCGGCUGCUGGUGGCGGCCAACGGCGGGCGGGCCCGGCGCAGGGAGCUCGCACGGGAGCGGCCUGGGGGCGAGGGUGGCCACAGGCAGGCGCAGCAGUGCGCGCGCGUGCGGGCGGGAGAGACGGGGCGCGGGGGCGCGGCCAUGGGCGCGUUCAGGGGCGCCGGGGCGCGGGUGAGGACGGCGUCGUGGCGUCCGCGAGCGGCAGGCGGCACGAGCGGGCACUGGGCGCUGCUCACCAUGGGCUGA